CUCUUGACAAGCCUUCUUCUUUAAGAGGCGCAUCCUUGAAAUUCCAACCAGCAAUAAGGACAGAGAUCUGAAAACUAUUUAAAAAAUUGUUACCAAGACGAACACCUUAGCCAGGUUGAAAUACUUUAUCUUUAAAAGCUUUUUUUGUGUGUUUUUCUAUAGAACUUUCAAUUUCAACAUAAAAGGAUUUUGUAAAAAUUAUGACGACCAAUGGACCAUCUUCCCAAUAAGACACAACCAAAGAGUCAAAAGAAACAAAAAUCAAACAACUGGUUGUCAAACUAGAAUUUUUGACGUUUUUUUAAUUGAUCAAUGACACCCAAGAUGCUUUGUAGGGCUGUAUCUUUGCUGAACAUCGCCAUGACGAUAAUGACCUUUGCGACCCUUCGAGUCCAGGCGGCGCCCACUGACCGAGAACUGGUGAAAGCCCUGGAUCUUCAUCCCAGCCUUACCCAUUUGUCAGCUGUACCUCCAAGGUCUUCAGCGCUGGGUCAUAGCCAGCUCCUCCGACAAUGGCAUUCUAGUAGCAGGAUGAGAAGAGCAGACAGAACCACUUCCAGGACCUUUACCGCCGCCAUGCGAACUCGCCCCGGGCAAGACGGCUCAGAAAAGCGGACCCAGAUGCUGAAGAUGAUGUCACUCCUGGAGGAGAUGCAACGAACCUUUAACAGUACACUCAGCACACGAAUUACCUUCCUCCCAAGAGCAAGCGGCAGAAAUUCUGGACGGAAAAAUAAAUUGGUGUUUCCCAGCACCGUCACCCCAGCAGCUAAUGAAAGCACCGUAUCCCGAGCCAGUGCCGAUGCCCUUAUUCCCAGCCUGACUGGUCGGAACUUCCGAAAGUCCCUCCCGCCACAACCCAAGAAGACAAACAAACGAGUAUGUUUCUGGAAGUACUGCUCCCAGAACUGACUGGACGUUACCCAGCAUAAUCCCCUCCACUUCUUGUGAGCUCCCUUUUGCUUUCCUCCAUUUAAUCACCGAUCAUCCAUCCAUCAUCCGCUUGUACACGUAAUGAUAUUUGCUGUAACCUAGAGACAUGACGAAACAGUCCAGUGUUUCUCAAAGUGCUCAUUAGAACAUAUCCAGGAUUUGGAUUCAUUUAUUUUUUUUUUCGUCAUCCUUCGUGCCCACCAGCUUCCAUACUGCCUCCCGUGGGCAAGUGUUUGACCUCUGCGUGCUAGGCAACGUGGUUGUGGCAUCAGGAAGGCUGGGGCCUUCUCCCAUGGCGGCGCCAGCUUGGACUUAGACCUUUUCAACCAACUCGUUAAUUAACAAAAGUGACCAAUCAAAGGAAACGAUGUGUGCUCACGGCCGGGCACAUGAAGAAACCUCCCCAAUUAAUAUCCCCCCCUCCCACAUGUUUUAUUUGAAGACAGGUGCACAUUGUUUUUCUAUGUGUAUGCCAUGUUUAAUAAAGGCAUUCUCUAACAUAGCAACAACUUCUGGCAACAAUAAAGAUUGAUAUUUUAUUUUUCUACACUCA